ACCUGAGCAGCUGCCCUGGGCAAGGGGAAGAUGUGCUCUGGGCAACCCCAGAGGACAGGACUGGGCUAGGUUUGAGGAGGGAAAUCUGUCUCUUUGCUUGACAGUGGGAAGGGCUGCCCUGUGAGGUGAUGAGCUCCCCGUCCUGGGAGGCAUGGAAGCAGAGACUGGGGCUGUAGCUCUGCAGAGGGGCUUCCAAGCACAUGGAAGUGAGGGGCCUUGGAUCACGGUUCUGCCCGCAGCUCUGACUCAGAUCCACCAGUGGGGAGCACCUGAUGCACAAGGCCAGCCCAGAGGGGCGGGGUCAGUGGGAGCAGCUCCCUCCUGCUGGUUGGGACUUGCACAGCCCUGAGCAGGGAGGUGGGCUGGGCCUGGCAGGGCGCCCAGCGCAGGCGCGGGAGGCAGCCGGCAGGGUGUGGCUUCCCAUCCUAGCGAGGGAGCCACGGAGACGUCCCCUAGCACCAGGCUUUCUCCAGCGCCAGGCCCAGGCCUAGGCCAAGUUCAGCUACUUAACCCGCUGCACCACACCCACCUGUCACUCUGGAAUUCUGCUCUGCAGGGAGCCGGUGACCCACUGGCAGACCUGCUCCUUACCUGCACCUGAGCAGGUGCCUCCUCCCAGCCCGUCUGCACAGCUGGCCUCAGAGAGCUCUUCACCGGCUGUCCUCUCUGCCCGGGCCCCAGCCAUGGCCGUGCAGGUGCCCCUGUGGCACCACUACCUGCAGGCCAUCCGCUCUCGGGGGGCACCCCGGGCGCAGGACCACCAGCGUGCCGAGAACGUGUUGUUCAUGGUGCUGGAGCACGUGCAUGCCCGGGACCCCCGCUUCCUCGUGGACUACUCCCAUGACCUGGAGGCCUUCCAGUUCACCCUGCGCUCCUCGGAGGACCCGCUGGACAUGGAGGUGCCCCUGUGGGUGGACGCAGAGGCCCUCCUGAUCGAGGAGCUGGGGGUCCCUGAGACGGGGGAUGGCCCUGCAUCCUGCCGCCUGGGCGUCCCCAGGGAAGUGCCCAGCCUGGAGCGGUGGAUGACCGAUGAUGUCUUCAGCGCUUCCGAGGACAGCACCACAUGCUGUGGCCACAUCGUGCCUGGCAAGGUCCUGCACGUCCUCAAGGACCUUCUGGUGGCAGCCAUUGUGCACUGCAAGCACCACAGCCUCAUCACGCCAGGUUCCCUGAACGCAGCCAGCCUGAGGGAGGAGGGGCUCUGUCUGUCCCUGCUGGUGUCCAGUGGCUGGAGAAUGAUCCGCUUCAACAUCGUGCCCGUGGUGCGGAGGAAGCACAGGGUGCCCGCCCUGGAAGGGGCCCAGCUGACACCCUGCUUCCCCGAGGGCAGCUUGAAAAGAAUCAUCAGCCAAGAAGUGCCCCUGGUGCCGGCCAGCGCCCAGCACUGGAGGGUCUCCACUGACUACCUGCUCACGAGGCUGCUCGGAGCACUGGGCUCCCUCCAGGGCCACCGCCUGGACAGUCUCUCCAUCCUGGACCGGGUCAAUCACGAGAGCUGGCGUGAUGGUGGCCAAGGCCCUGGUCUGACGUUCGGCCACCUGAAGAUGGUGCUGCUGUGGGCCUCGGUGCUCUUCCCGGCGCCCGAGGACUGGGCAGAGCUGCAAGGGGCCACAUACCGUCUGCUGGUGGUGCUGCUCUGCUGCCUGGCCACCAAGAACCUGCCCCACUUCCUCUACCCCGAGCGGAACCUGCUGCAGGACUCCGGCCUGGACCUCAACGCCCUGUACCAGCGUGUGGAGCGCUUUGCCAGCCAGCCUGAGGCGUUUCUGCGCAUCCAUGUCACCCACCUGGGCCGCAGCCCCCCGCCGCGCAUUGGCAACGGGAUCAAGGCGCUCCUGCAGCUGCCCGCCAGUGACCCCACCUACUGGGCCACCGCCUACUUCGACGUCCUGCUGGACAAGUUCCAGGUCUUCAACAUCCAGGACAAGGACCGGAUCUCAGCCAUGCAGAGCAUCUUCCGGAAGACCAAGGCCCUGGGUGGCGACGAGAGCUGAGCUGGGCUGCCCAGUCUCUGCCACCCACAGCCUGGCUGCACUGCCCCACGGGAGGCUCCUGGGACACUUGGAGAAGGGAACGGACUUCACCUUGAGGCGGGCGGUGGCUGGUGGAGGGACUUCAUCCCCAGGGACCACCUCAGACCACCCAGGGGACAGCUUCCCGGGAUCUGAGUGCUGAGCUGCCGGCACCCUGGAGCAACUGCCUUGUCUCCCCAGGCAAGGCCUGGGAUGAAGGUGCCCUGUACUUCACGUGAUGUGUGUUGACCCAUCCCGUGGGAUGUCAUCAAGACUCUGAAAACCGAGUGUCGGCAUGAAACCUGGAGCUCAGGAGCUUGUCCCCACCUGUGUUGUAUGCUUCUCUGUGGUGAUGAAAUACUAUAGAUCAGAUCUUGAAUAAAUUAAUGUGUUGGAUAUACACAAUGGG